CUUCAGAAAGUCCAGAGCAAACAGGAAUUCCUCCAGCUGAACUCAGCUCACAGACUCUGGGUUUUUAAAUUGCUGUUGUUGUUGUUUUGUUUUGUUUUCUUAUCUUUUUUCACUAACUGAAUAUGGUACAAAGCCCUCAGCCUUUGAUUCAUCUGAAAAGUCUUGUAGUUUCAAUUUGGAGUCUCCUCAUCUGAACUUGUUUUGGGGUGGCUGUUAAUUUGUAACUUCUGAGAACAGAGGAUGUUGAAGACGAAGACCAGUGAGUUUAAGUAGCUGAGAAUCUGUUCCCUGACCGCAGACCCAGCACCUGAAUCAUACAAAAUUUGGAAAGUUGAUACACAUGUUAUAUAAACAAGAAGCUGAUACACCUCUGCCUUGAAUAACCAAGAGGACAUGACCUCCAUAUCCAGGCCAUGGAUUUCACUAAGUGACUGUUUUGAGUUACAGGCUGCCGUGGCAUCUGAAUCCAUCAUGAAGGCACCCAUUUGUCUAGUAGAAAACUGGAAGGAGCAGCUGGCAGUGAAUCCUGAAGCCAUACAGAUUCUUGACAAGAUUUCUCAGCCCUUGGUGGUGGUGGUCAUCGUUGGCCUAUAUCGCACAGGAAAGUCCUACCUCAUGAAUCGUCUUGCAGGACAAAACCAUGGCCUCCCUCUGGGCUCCACGGUGCAGUCUGAAACCAAGGGCAUCUGGAUGUGGUGUGUGCUCCACCCCACCAAGCCAAACCACACCCUGGUCCUCCUGGACACUGAGGGCCUGGGUGAUGUGGAAAAGGGUGACCCUAAAAAUGACUCGUGGAUCUUCACCCUGGCCGUGCUUCUGAGCAGCACCUUUGUCUACAACAGCAUGAGCACCAUCAACCACCAGGUCCCGGAGCAGCUGCACUACGUGACUGAACUGACACAGCGAAUCAGGGCAAAACCAGGUCAAGCCAUGAUGAAGCAGGGGACUCCAGUGAGUUCGUGUUUCUUUCCAAACUUUGUCUGGACUGUUCGGGAUUUCACUCUGGAGCUGAAGUUAGAUGGACACCCCGUCACAGAAGAUGAGUACCUGGAGAAUGCGCUAAAGCUGAUUCCAGGAGAAAAUCCCAAAAUCCAAAAUGCUAACAUGUCUAGAGAAUGCAUCAGAUACUUCUUUCCAGAACGGAAGUGUUUUGUCUUUGAUUGGCCUACAAGUAACAGGAAGUUAUUAUCCUAAAUUGAAAAAGUUCCAGAAAACCAACUGGAAUGGAAUUUCUAGGUUGAAUCAAAAAAUUUCUGUUCCUAUAUCUUCACCAAUGCAAAGACCAAAACUCUGAGAGAAGGGAUUGCUGUCACUGGAAAUCGUCUGGGGAGUCUGGUGAAGACCUACGUGGAUGCCAUCAACAGUGGGGCCGUGCCUUGUUUGGAGAAUGCAGUGAUGACCCUGGCCCAGCGUGAGAACUCAGCCGCUGUGCAGAAGGCAGCUGACCACUACAGCAAGCUGAUGGUCCAGCGCAUGAAUCUCCCCACAGACACACUCCAGGAACUACUGGAUGUGCACAGAGCCUGUGAGAAGGAAGCCAUUGCUGUAUUCAUGGAGCAUUCCUUCAGGGAUGAUGAGCAGGAGUUCCAGAAGAGACUGGUGGCUACCAUAGAUAAAAGGAAGGAAGAUUUCUUGCUGCAGAAUGAAACAGCAUCCCUCAUGCAUUGCCAGGCCAAGCUGCAGAAACUUUCAGAGCCCCUGAUGCUAAGCAUUUCAAGAGGAGCUUUCUGUGUUCCUGGAGGACACAGACUCUACGUAGGAGCCAAGAAGAAGGUUGAGUGGCAAUAUGGACAGGUGCCCAGGAAAGGAGUUAAGGCAAAUGAUAUCCUCCAAGGCUUCCUUCAGUCACAGGCUGCUGUAGAAAGCUCCAUCCUGCAGUCAGACAAAGCCCUUAUUGAUGGACAGAGAGGCCUUACAGCUGAGCGAACCAAGAAAGAGGUGGCUCAGAAGAAACAGCACCUGCUGAGACAGGAACAGAAUAGGCAACAGCGAGUGAUGGAUGCUCAAGAGAGAAGAUUCCAAAAGCACAUUGUCCAAAUUCAGGAAAAGAUGGGAAGACAAAGGGAGAGACUUCAGAGAGAGCAGGGGAUGAUGCUGGAGCACAAGCUGCAGGUCCAAGAAGAACUGCUUAUUGAAAGGAUUUGCAAUAAUUCUGAUGUGCCAAAGAAUAAAAUAAGUCAACAAAGGGGAGAGACUGAAAGUGCUAGAAAAGAUCCUGGCUGUCUGUUCACACCCUGGAUACAUGGUCAUGUGUUCAUUGCAGCUUUACCAGGGACUGAUAGAAUAUGCUAUUCAGGGAUGAAAUCCAUCGGCGGACAUAGGAGGCUGUCCCGGUUUGGUUCCAUCGCUGUGGUAAAAACACUGACCAGACCGAUUUCGGGAGGAAGUGGUUUAUUUGACUUACAACUCACAGUCCAUCAUCAAGGGAAGCCAA